UCGAUUGCCGGAGGAAGAAAGUUGAAAGGGAAAAAGGGCAAAAAAAGAAAGGGAUGGCGGAGGCGACGGAGGAGAUGGAGCUCAUCAGCCUUGCGAUUCGAAGACUGAUGGAGGAGGACGACAACAGAACCGCCUCUCACCGGAGCUCCGGCGCCGACGCCCACGAUCUGCAACUUCUUUCCCGAUUACUCUCUCAGGUGGAAUCAACAAGAGAAGAACAGAGGCUUAACCACUCCCAAAUCUCAGCUCAGCAAAAGGAUGAGAAAAUAAUUGAGACAGAAUUAGAGCCUCAAAGUGAAAAUGUGGAAAGAAGUGGAAGAAACAGAGUGAAAAUAGAAAAAGUGAUAGUGAAAGAGCUAAAAGAAGUGAAGAGGCAGAAUUUCAUAACUCACUGCCUUGUUUCAGCAAUGAUUAUCCUCACUGUUGCUUGGCAAGUCUCUGAAGUGUCUUUCAUUUUGAAACUCAGAAAUGGCUUGAGCAAUCCAUUCAAAUCCCUGGGUACAAUUCUGAAAAGGAAGACAACUUCAGCAAUACAACAUCAGAUUGAAGCUACUGAAUUGCCUCAUCUUAAUAUGCCUGCCCUACCUCAUGUGAACUUACCAGAGUUUGACUUGGAUGGAAGAUAAAUACCUGAUUCAUUGCCACCAAUCAAACAUAGCUUCAUCAAGAUCACCCAAGUUGUUCCAUUGGAUGUGCAGCUCUUUCAUUUAAUUUUCUAGGCACAACCAAACAUUUCAACAACUUUGUAUCUAUGUAUUAGUUGUCUAAAGGAAAAGAUGAAAUUGAAACCCUGUAUUUUUUGGGCCUAGAGUGCCGGUACUGCUUUCAUUUUGGACAUUCAUAUUUCAAUUUCCAUGAUGUAGAAGU